CACCAGCCUGAAGGUCACCAUACCCAACGCCGUCUUCGAGAUCAAGCACUGGGAGCAGGUGCCGGCCAAAGACGACGGCCUCUGGGACAAUCCGUGCUGGCCGAGCAUGCUGCGGCCUGAUGAUCCAGGUUAUGCCCUCCUGACCAAUGACGACUGGUACAACAGGAAUCCAAAUGAGCAGCAGUUCACAGCGGCUUAUCACAACGAGCCACCCAAGGCCCUGACUCAGGGCAAGACCAGGAAGAGAGCGCAGAAUGGCCGGCCGACCAUUGCCGUCCGCGCGCCCCACAGUCCAGACGCCAUUUACGUCGAUGACCUCGCGAAGACGUGCGCGGAGCCUGGGAUUGACGAUGAUAGCGACGUCGAGCCUAGCGUUCUGAGGGAGAGGGAGGUGUUUGUCGACGAGGAUGGAGAGGAGUACAUGGAGUUGUUGCCGGAGGAUGAGUAUGAAUACGACUUUGCCGCGCUGGAGCAUAUGCCAACGCCGUCCAUUCCUCGGACAGCUGAGGCGGUCGCCACGGCAUAUAUUGAGUACAAGGAAGAGGUUGAAUAUGCCACACCAGGAUCUGCUAUUGCAGCAGACUUGCCCAAGCCGACAAGGGGCAUGGCAUGAAUAAAAAAGGGAAUAUAACUACCCCCGUCACAAAAUGUAUGAAGUUGCGGAGAGACAUCCGUAGAGAUGGACGGACGUCCAAAAUAGUUUCCUUAGUACACUUGGUUUCAAUGUGUCGUAGGGUAUGUAUGGCGUUAAUUGCUGCCCGUAAUUAACGGCGUCGUUUUUGCGACAG